AUGCGGGAUAAUAGAUUGGCCGUUGGUUUUUGGAUGGACGAGCGAUUUGAUUGGACGCAUAAGAUGCUGCUUGCGAGGGUGGCUUGGAUAUUGAAAGGGAAUAUUCACACUAUAUAUCCUAAACGAAACCAUGCUCUGCUUAGAAAAGAAGCUGGGGACCACGGUGGGAAUAACGGUCCGAUAAGCAUCCGAUCAGUUCCGGUAUACUUCCCGCCCGCUUUCCCCACCCCCUCCCAAUCCGCACUCAUUCAUUGGAUCGUACAUUCGACUCCACCCGCCUUCCAACCUUUUCUUCUUUCUAUUUUAGUCGGGGGAAGAGCGAGAGAGAGAGAGAAGCGGUUGUGGAGGGAAAUUGGGGCAGAGCGGAUGCGGAGCAUAUUGGUGACCGGCGGAGCGGGAUUCAUCGGGACUCAUACGGUGCUGCAGCUCCUCAAAGAGGGCUUUAGGGUUACAAUUGUGGAUAACCUCGAUAACUCCGUGAUGGAGGCCGUCGAUCGCGUCAGGACCAUCGCCGGUACGGAGCUAUCCGGGAACCUCCGAUUCUAUUUGGGUGAUCUCCGUAACAAGGAUGAUCUGGAAGAAGUUUUUUCCGAGAAUAGCUUUGACGCUGUUAUCCACUUUGCUGGACUGAAGGCUGUUGGGGAGAGUGUUGUUAAGCCUUAUUUGUAUUACAACAACAAUUUACUCGGCACACUGAAUUUAUUUGAGUUUAUGGAGAAGUAUGGAUGCAAGAAGAUGGUCUUCUCCUCCUCUGCUACUGUUUAUGGACAACCUGUAAAGUUUCCAUGCGUCGAAGAAACUGAGCUGAAUGCAAUGAACCCUUACGGUCGAACUAAGCUCUUCCUUGAGAAGAUAGCUCGUGAUAUUCAAAAGGCCGAUUCAGAAUGGAGAAUUAUACUAUUGAGAUACUUCAACCCAGUUGCAGCUCAUGAAAGUGGCCAGAUUGGGGAAGAUCCUAAGGGUAUUCCUAAUAAUCUCAUGCCUUACAUUCAACAAGUUGCUGUGGGCAGGUUGCCUGAGCUCAACGUUUAUGGCUAUGAUUAUCCAACGGAUGACGGCAGCGCGAUUCGGGACUACAUUCAUGUAAUGGAUGUGGCUGAUGGUCAUAUUGCAGCUCUUAAAAAGCUUUUCAUCACAGAGAACAUUGGUUGUAUUGCCUAUAAUUUGGGUACUGGACGUGGAACCUCUGUCUUUGAAAUGGUUGCUGCUUUUGAGAAAGCAUCUGGCAAGAAAAUCCCAAUAAAGCUGUGUCAGAGGAGGCCAGGUGAUGCUAUAGGAAUCUUUGCUUCUACUGAAAAGGCUGAGAAGGAGCUUGGUUGGAGAGCAAAAUAUGGGAUAGAAGAGAUGUGCAGAGACCAAUGGAAUUGGGCAAGCAAGAACCCGUAUGGCUAUCGGCCUCAGGAUGCAGCUAUGAAACCUGAGAAUUGCGAUACAUCAUAAUUUGCUGAAGCUCUGAAAUUCAUUCCACUAAAUAAAGUGUUCAUUAAUAUUAAGGCUACUAUGAGGCAUGCAUCUUAUUGCUCCUGUGUUAAUGCAUCGUUAUUUUACUAGCCUCAUGCAAGUUUGUUAUUCUUCUGUUCUGAUUUUUAUUUUUAUUUUGGUUGAUUACUAUUAUUGGUUUGAUAUUAACGGUCUGUUUGGGGCAACUA